AUGGCGUUCAUGGUGAAGUCCAUGGUGGGUGGCCAGCUGAAGAACCUCACCGGAAGCCUGGGGGGCGGCGAGGACAAAGGGGAUGGAGACAAGUCUGCAGCCGAAGCACAGGGCAUGAGCCGAGAAGAGUACGAGGAGUAUCAGAAGCAACUGGUGGAGGAGAAAAUGGAGCGAGAUGCACAGUUCACACAGAGGAAGGCGGAACGGGCCACACUGCGGAGUCACUUCAGAGACAAAUACCGUCUGCCCAAGAGUGAGACAGAUGAAAGCCAGAUCCAGCUGGCAGGAGGAGACGUGGAACUGCCUCGGGAGCUAGCCAAGAUGAUCGAGGAGGACACGGAGGAAGAAGAAGAUAAGGCCUCUGUGCUGGGACAGCUGGCCAGCCUGCCUGGCUUAGACCUCAGCUCACUCAAGGACAAGGCCCAGACUACACUAGGGGACCUCAAGCAAUCAGCUGAGAAGUGCCACAUCAUGUGACCACUCCCCUCCCUCCCCCCCCUUACCUCUGGGAUGGCCAGAGGGCUGGUCCCAUGUGAGGGCUAGGAGAGUGUCUCAGCUUCCAGAUACUUCCACUCCAUCUUGGGCUCCCCCCCCCCCAACCUAGCCCCAGAGCCUUCUCGUCCGUGUCCA